UCUCGGUCCAAUUCAUUAUGAUGGUCUGGCCCUUUAAGACGGAGCAGCGGGUCAGCAAGUAGUGUAGUGUUUCUCUAAUUGAACUUCACAAAAGCAAUCAACAAGAACUCGUUAGCGGUUGCUUGCUGUUUUGAGCCUCCUUGAGACACGGCUGCACAUGCUGAAGAUCUUCAUGGAGCAGCUCAGAGAAGACUGGAGCUGCACAUGAGGACUAAAGUUCGGGUGGCUGUGACGCCUGAAGCAUGGUGCUUUUGGAGAGCCACUUCAGACUGAGCAAGAACAACGAUUCUGUUUAAAAAAGGAAUAGACCAGGCUUUUGUAUGCAUAAAAAAGUUUGAGCGAACUAGGUGACUUCUAUUCGAAAUAGUUUCUUGGGACUGAGAUGACCUCCAGAUCUAAAGACAUGAAGGCAGGCUCCGUUUUGCAGUCCAGCGGCGAGGAGAGGCGGCGGGGUCCCUUAGACCAACUCCCACCUCCGGCCAACUCCAACAAGCCUCUCACCCCGUUCAGCAUUGAGGAUAUCUUAAAUAAACCCUCCGUCAAGAAGUCCGUCGGUAGUCUGUGCCCUCCGCGCGUGCUGGAGAAAGUGAGCGGCUCGAGCGCGUCUCGGAACGGGAUCAGCGCUCCGUCCUCGCCGUUAUGCGCUCUGGAGGAGCUGGCGAGCAAAACAUUUAAGGGGCUGGAAGUCAGCGUUAUACAAGCUGCAGAAGGUCGCGAACAUCUCAAUGCCUUCGGCCAAAGACAGGCCUCCAAAAAACGAAGGAAGUCCCGCACGGCCUUCACCAACCACCAGAUCUACGAGCUGGAAAAGCGCUUUUUGUACCAGAAAUACCUGUCACCGGCCGACAGAGACCAGAUCGCACAGCAGCUGGGUCUGACCAAUGCGCAGGUCAUCACCUGGUUCCAGAACCGAAGGGCCAAGCUCAAGAGAGACCUGGAGGAGAUGAAGGCGGACGUGGAGUCUCUCAAGAAAAUCCCACCACAGGCAUUGCAGAAACUGGUGGCCAUGGAGGACAUGGAAGACGCUCACAGUGGCUCGGGGCCCAUUUCUCCCAGCCUUUCCCCAAGAGCCUUUCCACAGUCCCCAUCCUCGUCCAGAGGCCAAACCACAGACGAGUUCUCAGAGGAGGACGAGGAAAUCGAGGUGGACGAUUAAAAGCAGGCCCUUGUUUUCAGAGAAGGGCAUUUUUCACAACUUUUGCACGGACUCUGC